GAUGAACGAGAUAAAUACAACGGAGCAAGCAAUUCCAACUAGGUACUACUGCUACAGGUGUCGCCAUGUGGUGACUUUACAUGUCGAAAUGAAAUGCCCUUUCUGCCAAGGCGGCUUCAUCCAAGCAUGCGAGGGUGUUGAAUCACUCUACCUAGUCAUGCCAUCGGAAUCUGAGCAUUCUGAAAGUGGUUCAGAUGGAGAGAGCACCACUGGUAUCUACGAUUCAAAUCCCAGUGGUUUUGUUACACUUGGCAUUGAUUCCCAAGAUGUAAAUAAUGAGGUUGACGAGCAACGCCACGAGAUAAGGGUAUUAGUCUAGAGAUUCUGUCAGCUGAUU